GAAACCCCCGUCUUGUCUACGACUCUAGGACCGUCGGGCGAUCAGCCGAUUACCUGCUGUGAUCAGCCAUGCACAACGACGAGACCAUUUGGGCCUGUUUGGGCGAGAAUGGGUUUUGUUCCUUCAAGGUGAGAUGGAAGGAGCCAAAGCAAGACUUCUGCCGAAACCCCUACAACGUGAAUGGAUUGUGCAACAAGAUGAGUUGCCCCUUGGCGAACAGCCAAUAUGCCACCAUCAUCGAGGAGGAAGGCAUCAAUUAUCUCUACAUGAAGACGGUGGAGCGGGCGCAUUCACCCAAGAAUUUGUGGGAGCGCGUGAAGCUGAGUCGGAACUUCUUACAGGCCCUGGAGCAGAUCAGCAAGCAUCUAGAGUUUUGGCCAGAUCGUGUGAUCAACCGUUGCAAGCAGAGGCUGACCAAAAUGAGGCAGAUGUUGAUCAGGAUGCGGAAGCUUUCCUUGAAAGGGGGUACCAAGCUGGUGCCCAUCAAGAAGAAAACCGAGAAGCGUGAAGCCACCAGAGAGUUGAAGGCGGAGAGUGCGGCCAAAGUGGACUUAGCCAUCGAGCGAGAGCUUCUGGAGCGGCUGAAGCAGGGCACCUAUGGUGACAUCUACAACUUCCCGAAGAAGAACUUCGACAGCGUCAUGGAAAAGGAAGAUGAAGAGCAAGAGCUGCAGGACGAGGAUGAGAGUGAUAUGGAGUUCGUGGAGGACUUGGGAGAAGAUGAUGAGGAGUGGGAAGAUAUUGACAACAAGGUGGAAGAGGUGGAAGUGGAGGGCGACCUUGGCAUGAACGACCUCGAGGAGGUCUCGUUGCCGGCGCGGAAGAAGCGGAGGGGCAAGGUCGAGGUGGAGUACGAGCACGAGAUCGAUACCAGGUGAUCCAUUCGUUCCACGAAGCAGUGACCCGGAAGCGGCUCGGAGCUCGCGAGCUUUCCCUAAGCCUCGCAGAGCAGACUUCAUCCCGGGCAAUGCUGGAGAGAAACGCCGGAACUGCUGAACUGUCAGGAUCACGCUCCUCAG